AUGUUUUCAGAUGCAGUCGACGCCGCGUUAGGAUAUGCUUCGCGAAAUCUGGUCUAUCUGACCCUGUCGAUUGCCUUCUGUUACUUCGCGGCCGAGCGUUGCCGACAAUACUGGCGUCUGAGGCACUUCAGAGGGCCGUUCAGCACCGGGAUUUCCUGGCUCUGGCAUUCAAAAGCAGUUAUUAGUGGAGACUGCCACACAUAUUAUGGAGAUGUGACAGCUCAAUACGGAUCGAUCGCCAGGGUCGCCCCCAACCAUCUCAUCACAUCAUCUCCGGAGCUGUGGGCGCAUAUCAAUGCGGUGCGAUCGCCCUAUUCCCGCGCUGGUUGGUACUACCAUGCCGCUCGUUUCGAUCCAGGCAAAGACAACGUCUUCACCGAAUGUGAUAACGAUAAGCAUGAUGCUCGAAGGAAAAAGAUGGCGUCAGGGUAUGCUGGCAAAGAGAAUCCGGAACUGGAGUCCUCGAUUGAUGAGCACGUGCAAGAGCUGGUUCAUCUGAUCCGUUCCAAAUAUGCUGCACCGGCAUCGUCUGGGCGAGUAUCAAAGCCCAUGGACCUAGCAUCCAAGAUCCAGUACCUCACGCUUGAUGUAAUCAGUGGCGUUGGCCUAGGACAGUCGUUUAGAGACUUGAAGGCUGAUACCGACAUCAACGAUUACCUCAAAGCCUCCGAGGAGGGUCUUCGGAUCGCUAAUCUGUCUUUUGGCCUAGGGAUCUCUUGGCUUCGGGAUGUCCCUAUCCUCGGGAAAGCCAUAAGCCCCUCUGAGAAGGACGAAUCUGGUUUUGGAAGAAUGAUGGCUGAGGCGAGGAAGGUCGUAAGCUCUCGCACUGAGCGGUCAACCAAGGAACGUUCCGAUAUGCUGGCAUCCUUCAUUCGCCAUGGCUUGACCGGAGACGAUCUCUUCCAAGAGGCCUUUGAGCAGAUCUUAGCAGGAUCAGACACCACGGCGGCAGCCUUGCGAAUCAUCAUGCUCUACAUCAUGAGCCAUCCCCGAGUAUAUGCGAAGCUCCAAGCCGAAAUCGACGACGCGGUGAAGGCUGGCAAGGCACCUGCAGCACCUGGCAUCAUAUCUGACGCCGAAGCUCGCACGCUUCCGUAUCUUUCUGCAGUCAUCCGUGAGGGAUUGCGUGUCCAUCCCCCGGUUGCCAAUCUCUUUUCCCGAGUUGCUCCUAAAGGAGGCGAUGUAGUGAUCGUCGACGGCAAAGAGCACUUCAUUCCGGGUGGCACCAUGAUUGGCUAUUCCGCAUUCACAAUGCAUCGGAACAACACGAAACUCUAUGGUGAAGACUCGACUGUCUUUCGACCGGAGCGGUGGUUCGUGGAUGAGUCCAUUCCCGGAGAGCAGGAGCGACUGGCCCGAAUGUACAAAACCAAUGAUAUGAUUUUUGGUCAUGGGCGCUGGCAGUGUCUAGGCAAGGUCGUUGCAAUGCUCGAGAUCCAUAAGACUAUCUUUGAGCUGCUGAGGAAUUUCGAUUUCGCUCUUACGAAUCCUCAUAAACCUUGGGAGGUUUUCAAUGUCAUGGGGCUGUUCGCCAUCUCGAACAUGUGGGUUGAUGUUCAUGAGCGCAGAUGA